AUGCCCCAUAGCUCUGACAGCAGUGACUCCAGCAGCUUCAGCCAGUCAUCUUCAUCCUCAUCCAGCAAACAGGAGUCUUCUGAUGACAUGAGAAAAGUACAAAGACGGGAAAAGAAUCGCAUUGCAGCCCAGAAAAGCCGGCAGAGACAGACACAGAAAGCAGAUACUCUCCACUUGGAGAGUGAAGACCUGGAGAGGCAGAAUGCUGCUUUGCGCCGGGAGAUCAAACAGCUGACAGAAGAAAUGAAACACUUCUCCACAGUGCUGAAUUCCCAUGAGACUCACUGCUCCGUCCUCCAUACGCAGCCGCCAGCACCCUCUGAAGUGCUUUAUGCCCCGGUCCCCUUCCCCCCGACCCACAUCAGCUCCCCAAUUUUCCAGCACUGAGACCAACCACUAGGACUGGGAAAAGCUUGCAGACUCCACACCAAGGCAGAAAUGCGAAGCCUCACACACUUCACAGUUAUGGACAGAUUGGAUUAUCCCCAUUCAUUGUUGACAGACGCUGUCCUGAAGGAGGAGUAAAAACGACUAGGAUUUGGUUCUCGCACAGGAACAGGGACACAGCAGAGCUACC